CACCCGCGGAGAUUGACUCUGCGUGCUCCGCCGUGCAAAACCCGCGAGAAGUGAGAGACGCCGAGAGGGUUUUCGGUGAAUUAGAUGCUGCACCUUUAGCUCCGGAGAGACGCCGAGAGCCGAGAGCCGAUAGCCGAGAGGAAGCGCUGCAGCGCGGCUCCGUGUCCUCAUGAUGUCAUCCUACUACCACCCGGGGAAGGACGCGGCGGACAUGGCGGCGAUGAGCGAGCCGCUGUGCCUGGAGAGAGAUGUGUGCAGGGUGAUUGAGUUGUUGGACAGGCUGCAGAGGAGUGGUGAGCUGCCGCCUCCUAAACUGCAGGCGCUGCAGAGAGUUCUUCAGAGCAAGUUCUGCGCUGCUAUCAGAGAGGUGUAUGAACAGCUGUACGACACCCUGGACAUUGUGGGUGGACCUGAGGUCCGUGCUCAGGCCACUGCUAAGGCAACAGUUGCAGCUUUUGCGGCCAGUGAAGGCCACGCCCACCCACGUGUGGUGGAGCUGCCCAAGACGGACGAGGGACUGGGCUUCAACAUUAUGGGAGGAAAGGAGCAGAACUCUCCCAUCUACAUCUCUAGGGUGAUCCCUGGAGGUGUGGCUGAUAGGCAGGGCGGACUGAAGAGGGGCGACCAGCUGCUGUCUGUCAACGGAGUGAGUGUGGAGGGGGAGCACCAUGAGAAGGCAGUGGAGCUGCUGAAGGCUGCGCAGGGUUCAGUGAAGCUGGUGGUCCGCUACACCCCCAAAGUCCUGGAGGAGAUGGAGGCCAGGUUUGAGAAGCUGCGCAGCGCCAGGCGGCGCCAGCAACACACCAGCUACGCGUCUUUAGAGUCUCGAGGUUAACCAGUUCAAACCCUCUGGUUAGCCUGCUGAGCAUCCCCAUCAUUUGAACCUCCAAUGGGAAGACAGAAGACUAUCGCCGACGUGGAGAAGAGCGUAGACUCAACUUAGAUACGUUGUUUGUAUGUUAGUGGAACGUUCCCAAAACUGUAGACCUCAAAUAUACUCUUUCCCCCGUCCAUCUGUAGGGAGAGACUACAUAGUGUAUCCGUCUGUCAGAGUGAUUUUUAAACAAAAAAAAAUCUGUGUAUGUGAAAACGCCCUGUUAUUUAUUGUUCGGUAAUGUUAGCAGAGUACAUAGACAAACUAUAGCAACGUGCUGAUGUGAAUACAGCUUAUUCACGGAUCAGAAGCAUGCAGUUCCACUCCUCUAAGGGCUCUGUGUGUGACUUAAGCUGCUCUGCAGCAAAAGGAUUUUAGCAAAGGAACGACUGCCUUGAGGGAGUUGUGCGUUAUUGCUGAAAUCCUGCUCCCAGUUCAUUUACAUGAGGACUUUCCAGACAAGAUCCAUAGACUAUAGCAAUGUCUGCAGUUGUAGCUGUGCGUCUGAAUGAUUGAAGUCAGUUUUUACCAAUCUAUUUUUUAGGGACCUCCAGAAAGUGCACAUUUUUCCUGUAUGGCGGCUCCCAAAACACCUGAACCAGGUAUUUUGAGUGUUCAUGACUACCUAGUUCAUGUGCUAUAUGAUAUUGGUGGAAAAAUUGAAGGAAAAUUUAACAAUAGUAACAGUGUGUUGGGGGGAUAAAGGGCAUCUGCCAAAUUUUCAACAUAUCUGCAUGAUAUAAAUGGUUAAGAGGUAAAUAGUUGUUCAGAGUGGUUUGGUGUGAAAUGCAGUUCUAAAGAAACUUACAGUCACAGUUGUUCACAGUGGUGGUGAUAGGAACCAGACGUCUGAAGCUUUUAAUGUCACCAACGAUGGGCAGAAAGGGGUACGGUUCCUGUCUCUUGCUUCAAGAGUCCGCUCUGAUGUCUCUUAAAGAUAUUCUCACAAAGUUAAUAGUGAAGUGGUUAUAAAUACGCUGCCUGAUGACUGAUGCUGCGUUCACGUUUUCAGUGGAUGGAUGACGGCAAAGUGGAAAGCUCUGCCACUGCCAGUGGCAGCAGUCCACGGACUGCAGCGGUGAACAGAGCACUCCAUCAGGAGUUCACUUUUUCUAACUUUUGACCGCAGUAGGCUGACUUUUUGGAUGUGUUUAAUUCCAGACUAACUCAGUGUUGUUAACAAAAUUAAGAGUACAGUACUCUCCUGCCUUUUUGCAGCUUAAAAAACAGUCUACGCUCCUAAAUCUCACCGAUAAUCAUCCAUUUUUGCCAGUACUGGUAUCACCAUGCCAAUGAUUGAGUGGCUUCAUGCUAAAGUCUGCCACUUAGAGGUUGUUUUGUGAUGGAGAGAUUCUGGCCUGCAACAUAUUUUUAAAACAUUUGCAGGACGUCUUAAUGCAGCGUGUUACCCAGAGAAAAUUUUACCAUCAUCAACAUUACAUAGAAAAACUCAGACUUGUGUAGGUUCACUUGUAGGUUUGGACAGUAAAAAUGGCUGUGUUUGUGUUGUAGACUUGGCAACCCCUGGUUCCUAUCACACCAUAGUAAAGAAAUCUGACUUGGUAUGUUUCCCUGCAAUAACCCAUUUCACAACAGAACACUCUGAAUUAAUUUUUCAUCUCAAUCAUUGAAUUAUGCAGAAAUAUAAAAAAAAAUCCAUGGAAUUCCUGUUUAAGGAUAUAGAGGAUAAAUUCUGCAUGAAAAAGGAGGAGAACACAAUAUUUCAGGUGUAUUGCUGUGUAUUAUGCUUGCACUAUAUCUGACAAUAUAUAUAAAAAUGUAUUUGCAUAUUGCAUCAGUUCUGCAGUAUCAUUAUAGUGAAGGAUGAUGUUGCACAGUUAAGAGUUCACAAAAAAAAUCAGAUUAACCCCAGGCAUCAUCAAGAUCAGCCAAAAUUCAGGCCUUGUUCAGGUGUGUUGGGAGCUGGGAUGGGGCAGACAUAGACAAUCUGAUCAGGUCCCUGAAAACUGGUUUAGAAAAGGCUUCUGUAGAUCACAUCACUUUAUGGAAGAAUACAGUGGUGGUAGAAGAUCGUUCUGGAGUUGAAGAACUAACUUGCCUCAUGCUGGUUGAACAUAUAGCUUUUCCUCAGCACUGUAUGCCCAAAGAUACCGUACCAUUCCUCAGAAGAAAGAACUGUCGGUGUGUGUGUGUGUGUGUGUGUGUGUGUGUGUGUGUGUGUGUGUGUGUGUGUGUGUGUGUGUGUGUAUGACAGAGAGAGAGGGGGGGGGGUGGAGAAUCACUGAGUGAGCGAGUGGGUGAGUGAGAGUGUGAGAGAGAAAAGUGGUGUGUUAAUACUGUAAAUGUGUUCAGUGCUAGGAUUAUGAAUGUCCCUGUGUCAGCAGGUUGUCUAACCCUGUGUUAUGGAGCUGUUACAUGUGGCUUUGAGCUACUGGUCAUGCCUGUUUAGAUAUUCAUGAGCUUUUAUUUAUUUAUUUAUUUAUUCAUUUAUUCAUUCAUUCAUUCAUUCAUUCAUUCAUUCCUACAAUAAAAUUGACAGUGUCACCUAACAGUG